CAAUAACAUCCACAAGAAGAGAUGGGCAAGCCUAAGCCAAGCAAGAAGGCCCUAGGGAAACGCAAGGCUCCGCCUGCGCCAGCGGGAAACGCGGCGAAGAAGGCCAAAGGAGCCAAAGUCAGCGCCCUUGAUGACGAGCGCGGGCAGGACCGCGGCGGAAGGCCGAAGCGCAAGCCUGAUCAGCCGAAGAAGGUCAAGCUGCGUGACCAGAAGCUCAUUCCGGUACCGCGGACGGACUACGCCAGUGCGAGCGACGACGAGCUCAGUGACCUAGGCGAGGACGAGGAACUUGAGAUUGAUGCGGCCGCUGCCUUCUCAAAGCUCGACCCAACCAUGCUCUCCCGCACGCGCAAGGAGACGAAACGAAUCCAUGCGCUCGAGAAAGAGCGCGACGAGAUGCCUGUUGCCAGGAAGAAGCGAGCGCCCAGCGUGUCCUCGAUCUCGGACAUUUCCGACUACGACUUCGACUCCGAGGUUGAACUGAGCGACGAGGAUCGGUCGGACGUCGACUUUGGCUCAGAGGGCGGCUCUGAUUUGGGCGAAGAAGACGACUCGGACGUGUCGGACCAGGACGGGCUCAACGACGAGUACGAUGGCCUGUCUGAUCUCAGCUCGGACGAGGAAGAGGAGGACGUGCCGCGGCGCAAGCGACGCGCCAAGUCCGAAGAGGCCGAGUACGAGACGACAGGGCGCGCGCGCUGGGCUAAGAAGGAGGAGGAGGAAGCGGACAGCGUCGAGGUCGGCCGCCUGCCUAUCAAGCUGCCGACAGGUGAGGUGCAACUCGUUGAGGGGACGACGCGAGUGGCGCUACCUCCGAGCAAGAAGCCCAAGAAGCCCGAGCCGGAGAGCGAGACGGAGGAGGAAGAUGAGAGCGAGUCAGAGGGCUCUGAUGACGGGCGUGACGCGGCGCGCAUGGCCGCGCAGCCUGGACGCUUUGGACGACUCAACAUCGGCGACAUCGUCAGCGCGCCGUGGAAGAAUGCGCAGCGCUUGGAAGCGGCCAAGGAACAGCUUGCAGCUCUCGGUGCUGAGGCCAUGGGAGGCGGUGAGCUGGUCGACAUCGCGCCUACUCUGACACGCCUGUCGACGUUCGCCCUUCCCUCGGUGGCCGCUACGGAUGGCGAAGGAUCGUUGCCCAUUCCGAACUCGAUUCGUGCACUUGCGUUCCUCUCGCAGCUCGCCGUGUUCAAGGAUAUCAUUCCCGGCUACAGCAUCCGACCCCUCACAGCACAAGAAGAGGCCGAGAAGGUCCGUGACGAGGUUCGCCGUCAGCGUGAGGGCGAGAAGAUGCUCGUGCGCAACUACAAGAGCUAUCUCAGGAUGCUCGAGGUGGAGAUCAAGCGCAAGACGCCUCUUUCGCCCGUCGCACUCAAGUGCAUGUCCGACCUGCUCUCAUCGGUGCCUCACUUCAACUUCUCGAGUGCGAUCAUGGCGACGCUCGUCGCCCGCCUCGGCAGGCGGUCAUGGGAUGAGCAGUCUGACUUGAUUCUGAGCACAUUUGUUAGCGUCUUCAAGCAGGACGUGUCUGCAACAUACUCGCAGGCGCUUGUCCGUCUCAUUGCGCGCAUGAUCAAGGAGCGCAAGUUCCAGGUGCAUCCAAAUGUGCUCUCGUGUCUGCUGCAUUUGCGUCUGCGCACCGAGCUCAACCAAAUGCAGGACGGCAAGAAAAAGAAGAAGGGCGCCCGACGGCCUGCGGGGCCAGAGAAGAAGUACAAGAGCGAGGUGCGAAAGAAGUGGCAGACCAAGAACCAGCGCAAGAAGGAGAAGGAGAUGAAGGAGAUCGAGCGCGAGAUGGCCGAGGCCGAGGCCGAGGUUGAUGAGGAGGAGCGCGCCCAGGUGCAGACCGAGACGCUCAAGAACCUCUUCGUGCUCUACUUUUCGAUCCUCAAGUUCCCCGGGAAGAGCGCCCUGCUGCCCGCCGCGCUGGAAGGUCUCUGCCAUUUCACACAUCUCAUCAACAUCGACUUCUUCCGCGACCUGCUCCAGGUUCUACGCAAGAUAAUCGCAGAUGGAAAGGCGGAGGAAGACGAGGAUCUCGACCCCGUCGGCCAGACGCAGCGUGUGCGCAUCCGCAUGCUCGGCAUCGUCACCGCAUUCGACUUGCUGUCGGGGCAGGGUGAGGCGCUGAACAUCGACCUCGGCGACUUUGUCAAUGAGCUGUACGCACUCCUGCGCCCGCUUGCCCUUGACACGGGCGUCGAGGACCCGCCCCUCCUGACGGCUGCGACCGCCGCUGCGGCAGCACAGCAGAAGAAGGCGGGCGCGGCGCGGGCGACAUCGGAACGCCAGCCCGCCCACACGCUGAGUACUUCGGAUCUCCUUUUCCGCUGCCUCGAGGCCAUUUUCUUCCCACGCUGGGGCCGCACUCCGCCCCUCCGCGCGGCCGCAUUCGGCAAGCGGCUAUGCGAGUGCGCGCUCACGUUCCCGCCCGCGACGGCGCGCGAAACGCUCGCAUUUGUGCGCCGCCUCGCGUCAAAGGAGCCAAAGCUGGCCAACCUUCUUGACACUGAGGAGCGCACCUUUGACGGCGUGUACCGCCCUGAGAUCGACGACCCGCAGCUCGCCAAUCCCUUCACGUCGAGCCUGUACGAGCUCGAGACGCUUGCUCAGCGCCACUGGGAGCACAAGGUGCGCGCCGAGGCCAAGCGUGUGCGCGACGCCCAGUUUGUGUAAUUGCUGCAGGCUGCAGGUUGCGACAGUCGCUCAAAGGUGUUCGCGCCACGGGGCCAGCUGCUCGUGGAAGCGGACUUUGAAUGUGCCAUCGUGCCAUUAGCUUUCAUGGGAACAGCUCGGCAACAUGAUCCCAGGAUUUUGGCUUGCGGGACUGAGCGGCCUGACACGGACAAGGCAUACGGGUUUUUGGGAUGAGAGGGGAAAUUGAGGCACAAGCAACGCGUCGAUUAAGGGCAGGGGUAGGCGGCGCGGGCGCGACGACAAGGGCAGCCGGGGCAGUACGUAGCAUACAGCAUGCCGAGCAGCGCUGUGUUGUUUGGACGUGCAGAUGGACAUGUAUGUAUCCAAGUAC